AUGAGGUCCCUCCUAAUCAAGAACGCCACCAGCUUCUUACUGGGCAACCCGGGCACCUUUUCGGCCCGCUACGCCGCGCCCCAGCCCUCGUGGCUCGCGUCGAGGGGGGGCGGCGGCAGCGGCACCACCACCGCAGGCGCCCGGCUCGCGACCUGCUCGGCGGGAGCGAUGGCUGCAUCGGGGCAGGAUGGAUCCAGCACCAAGCCCGUCAUCCGGGGCGUUGUAUUCGACAUGGACGGCACCCUGACGGUUCCGGUCAUUGAUUUUGCGCUGAUGCGGAAAAAAGCCGGCGUGACGCAGGGUGACAUCCUGGACGUCAUCAAUUCGUGGCCCGAGGCGGAGCGCACGCGCGCGUUUGCGGCCAUCCAGGAAAUCGAGGACCAGGCGCUGCGGGACAUGAAGCUCAUGCCUGGACUGCAGGAGCUGUGCGAGCUGCUGGACUCUGCCGGACUGCCCCGUGGCCUCAUCACGCGCAACGUGAAGAGCAGCAUCGAGUAUUUCCACGAUAACCACUUCAACACCCUGGCCCGCUUCGAGCCCGCAAUAUCCCGGGAGUGCGCGUUCCCAUACAAGCCCUCCCCAGCGGCGCUGCUGCACAUCUGCAGCCAGUGGGGGGUGGCCCCCGGGGAGUGCGUGAUGGUGGGCGACUCCGCAAAGGACGAUGUCGUCUCCGGCAACCGCGCGGGCGCGCUGACGGUUCUCCUGGACACUGACGGCCGCUACGCCCCCGGCGGAGGCCAGGAGCCCUCUGGGGAGGCCGUCCCGACGCACACUGUCGCCUCGAUGGCCGAGCUCGCGGCGCUGCUGCGCGAACGGUACACGCUGCUGCCGCCCACGGGCGACGUGGCUGCGCGGCAGGCCGCGGUGGGGGCGGGCACAGGGGCGUGA